UUUCUUGCACAUCUGACUCGAGUCGAGUGGCAGUGGCACGUACACUGGCAAGCAUGUGACCUUCAAUGUCCUAGUCCAGCUGAACCCACGCAACCACGCUUCCCUACAUCACGCCUCCCCCACUCCUCACAAGCAAGCACCAGCCGAUAUCACACACUAGCCAAGCCAAGCCAAGCCAGUCGACACGUAGCGCGUCCCAUCAUGGAUGAGAAACAGAAGAGGGUGGCCAUUGUGGGCGCCGGCGCGAGCGGCCUGGCGGCGUGCAAGCACGCCCUGGAGCGCGGCCUCCAGCCGGUCGUCUUCGAGUCCUCCGGCGCCAUCGGCGGCGUGUGGGCGCGCGCGCUGGCGUCCACGCGGCUGCAGACGCCGCGCACGCUCUACGAAUUCUCCGACUUCCCCUGGCCGCCGGAGGUCGCCGAGGUGUUCCCGGACCACGCCCAGGCCGCGGCCUACCUGCGCUCCUACGCGGCGCGGUUUGGCGUGCUGGAGCGCGUCCGGUUCGGCUGCCGCGUGACGGCGAUGGAGUACGCUGGCGUCGUCGAGGAGGAGGUCCAGGCGUGGGACCGGUGGGCCGGCGACGGGUCGGCGUUCGGGGAUGGCCGCGGCGAGUGGCGGCUCACCGUGCAGCAGCAGGGCGGCGGCGACGUCGAGACACAUGUUGCGGACUUUGUGAUCCUGUGCACCGGGAGAUUCAGCGGCAUCCCAAAUAUACCCACAUUCCCUCCCAACAAAGGGCCGGAGAAGUUCGACGGCACGGUGAUCCACUCCAUGGACUACUCCGACAUGGGCACCGCAAAGGCCACCGAACUCAUCAGGGGCAAGCUCGUCACCGUCGUCGGCUACCAGAAGUCCGCUAUAGACAUCGCUGCAGAGUGCGCAAACGCAAAUGGAGCCAAGUAUCCAUGCACAAUAAUAUGUCGAACGAAGAGGUGGAUCAUACCCGACUACUACGCUUGGGGCGUUCCCAUUGCGUUCUUCUACCUCAACCGCUUCUCGGAGCUCCUAGUACACAAGCCAGGAGAGGGGCUGCUCCUUAGCCUUCUUGCUACCUUCUUAUCACCCUUGAGAUGGUUGUUCUCAAAGUUUGUCGAGAGCUACUAUAGAUGGGUGGUGCCCAUGGAUAAGCACGGCAUGGUGCCAGACCACAGUUUCUUCCAGGCUAUCAGCUCUUGCUUGGUUGCAAUAUUGCCAGACAAAUUCUAUGACAUGGUUGAUCAAGGAAGCAUUGUUCUCAAGAAAGCAAAGAGCUUCAGUUUCUGCAAUCAAGGUGUGAUUGUCGAAGGUGAAUCCAUGCCGAUAAAGAGCGAUGUGGUCAUAUUCGCCACCGGAUACAAGGGAGACCAAAAGCUAAAAGAGAUGUUCACAUCAUCCUUGUUCAGAGACAAUGUGACUGGCUCACCAUCCAAUAUUAUUCCUCUUUACAGGCAAUGCGUGCAUCCUAGGAUCCCACAGCUGGCCAUCAUCGGCUACUCUGAGAGCAUAGCAAACCUGCACACCUUCGACAUGCGCUCCAAAUGGUUGGUGCAUUUCCUUGACGGUGUAUUUCAGCUGCCUAGCAUAAAAUCUAUGGAGAUGGAUAUAAAGAAAUGGGAUGAAUACAUGAAGAGGUAUUCUCGUGAAUACUUCCGUCGAUCUUGUGUUGGAGCUCUCCACAUCUGGUACAAUGACCAGUUGUGCCAGGACAUGGGAUGUGAAGCCAGGAGGAAGAAAGGGUUCUUUGCAGAUUGGAUGUUGCCGUAUCUUCCAUCAGAUUACAAGGAUAUCAACCUGAAGAAGUGACAAAUGACAUCUGCCACGCCAUCGCUGCUCUUAAAUCAGACAGAAAAACUAGCAUUCCAGCAAUGCUGUGCUGACUAUUGUACAAACUAAAUGACAUGGAAUAAGCUCGUCAGUUGAACCUA